AAUAUUAAUAAUAAUAAUAAUAAUUUGUGUCCCACUAAUAUUUUCAUUAUUCGAUUUUAAUAAUAUUAUUUUCUAAUUCUAAGUUACUCUUUUGGAUCCUCUAAGUUUUUAAAAGAGGUAGAUGUAUUGUUUUUAAAUAUUUUAAUCAAUUUUAAGUGAUGAAAUUCUUACGUGAUUAUGUUUUACAUUUUUAGACCUAAAAUAUCGCAUAAUUAUUUUCGUUAAUAAAUCCGUAUAAAGCUUUUACUUAGUGCAAUGGAACUGACGGCAAUAUUGAAGGACAAAUUGAACGCUGGCGACAACGUUGUAGCGCUUCAUGAAGGUGUGCUAUUGCAAGGCUGGUCACCUAAAGCCCAUCGGUUAUUAGCAUUGGUAGAGCGAAAUUCGUCAUACGGUUUAUUCGUCUUUACUACAUCAAGAAAUCCACCACAAGCAUUUACAGAUCUCACUAUCAACUUUGUUGUGCCCAUUGAUAGCGACUUUAAAUGUGAUAUUGAUUCAUUGUCAGCUGAAUCGAGUUCUGAUAUUUAUAUUAAUAUAUCAGCUCGAAAUUUUAAAUUAUUUAUGGGAAUGAAUUCUGGUAGUGAGACAAAUCAUUUCUUUACUGAAUUAUCUAAAUCCAUGGACCUUUAUUUAAAAAAUCAACAAAAACUGGAUUUUAAUUGGCUGAAGAAAUAUAGUAUUAAUGAUAUUGACUUAGAAUUAGGUUUGAUGAUGACUAUCAAUAAUGGAGAUAUUGCAACUAAUAAUUUAAAAACCACAAUGGCUGUAUCUGAAAAUGAUUUGUCAUUUCCAAGUGGUACACAUACACUUAGUUCUCGAGAAAGUGUAAUACAGAGACAAAUGUUAUUAAGUGAAGAACAGUAUACUAACGCCAAAAAUUUCAGUAUUUAUAUUGGCACCUGGAAUGUCAAUGGCCAACCAACCUUGUCUUCACUUAAUGAUUGGUUGACUUCUGAUUCUGAACCUCCUGAUAUUUAUGCUAUUGGAUUUCAAGAACUUGAUCUGAGUAAAGAAGCAUUUCUCUUUAAUGAUUCCCCACGAGAAGAAGAAUGGCUACAAGCUGUUACAAAAAGUCUUAAUUCUAUUGGACAUUAUCGAAAAGUAUCAUUAGUUCGGCUUGUAGGUAUGAUGCUUAUAGUGUUCGUGAAAAAGAAACACAUGGAACAUGUGAAAAAUGUUGCAACUGAUACUGUUGGUACUGGAAUCAUGGGGAAAUUGGGAAAUAAAGGAGGAGUUGCUGUUCGCAUGGAUUUUCAUAAUACAUCUUUAUGCUUUGUUAAUUCUCAUUUAGCAGCCCACGUUGAAGAAUUUGAAAGACGUAACCAAGACUAUUAUAAUAUAUGUUCCAGAAUGGUUUUUUCAAAUUUUACUCCUCCAAAAACUAUUAAAGAUCAUAAUCAAGUAUAUUGGUUUGGGGAUCUCAAUUAUAGAAUUACUGAAAUGGAUCCUAUAUCUGUAAAAGACUUAGUUAGCAAAAAUAAUUUUAAAACCGUACUAGAAGCAGAUCAAUUAAAGCAACAACAUCGAGCUGGGAAUGUUUUUAAAGGUUAUAAGGAGGGUUCAAUAAAUUUCAUUCCAACUUAUAAAUAUGAUCCAGGUACCAAUGAUUGGGAUAGCAGUGAAAAGAACCGUGCUCCGGCAUGGUGUGACCGAAUAUUGUGGCGAGGGAAUUCCAUUAAACAACUUGCUUAUAGAAGUCAUCCUAAUUUAAUGAUAUCUGAUCAUAAACCAGUGAGCGCUUUAUUUGAAUCUGAAGUAAAAGUUGUUGAUACAAUCAAGUAUAGAAAAAUUCAUGAAAAUAUAAUGAAAAAAUUAGACAAAGCAGAAAAUGAAUAUUUACCUCAAGUUAUGGUUGAUAACACUGAAAUUAUAUUCAAUAUGGUACAGUUUAUGGAACCUCAAAUGAAAGAAUUAACAGUUGCAAAUACUGGUCAAGUACCUGUUCAAUUUGAAUUUAUAAAAAAAUUAGAUGAUUCAACUUAUUGUAAAGAAUGGUUGCGGAUUGAACCUUUUAUGAGCUUUAUUGAUCCAGGUGAAAAAUGUGAUAUUACAUUAGAAGUUUUGGUAGAUAAAAGAUCAGCAUACAAAAUGAAUAGUGGCCAAGAUAAAUUGUACGAUAUUUUAGUAUUACACUUAGAUGGCGGUAAAGAUAUUUUUAUUACUGUUACAGGUACAUAUGAGCGUAGUUGUUUUGGCUGUUCAUUAGAAACACUUUGUUAUUUGAAAGUUCCUAUCAGAGAUAUUCCAAUUGGGAAACUUAUGGAACUAGAAAAUAAUAAAAGUAACUUGAUAUCAGAUCCUUACCCUGUACCAAAAGAAGUGUGGUAUCUUGUUGAUCAUUUAUACAGGCAUGGUCUUAAACAAGAACAUUUAUUUGAACAAUCUGGUCUCAGGGUGGAAUUCAUCCAAAUUCGUAAUUGGUUGGAUAAUGGAACUCCAGAUGCAUUGCCUGGAAGUGUGCACUCUGUAGCUGAAGCUUUAUUAAUACUGUUGGAUAGUACAUCAGAACCUAUAAUACCAUACAAUUUGCAUGCAGCCUGUUUAUCUGCAGUCUCCAAUUAUAGUCAAUGUAAACAAAUUAUUUCUCAACUACCCGAACGAAGUAAAAAUGUAUUUUUAUACCUUUGUGCAUUUCUUCAAGAACUAUUGAGUCAUGUCAAUGAUAAUAAUUUGGAUGUAAAAACUAUUGCAUCUGUUUUUGGAGAAAUAUUCAUCCGAGACCCUCCUAGGUCCCGUUCAGAUAAGUCUAGCCAUACAAAAACUUCAAUGUCCAGGAAGAAGACCAAUUUUGUGUACCAUUUUCUAGUCAAUGAUCAGAGCGAUUUAAUUAUUGGUACAUAAAUUUAAAACAUAAUUUUACACUAUUAUAAAAUAGUGUUAUGUUUAAAUUAUUAAAGGAA